CUUUGGUUGGUAUAAAGACCGCAAUUUGGCCAACGGAAGGCACACUCGGUCACAUCACUCGUCUCAGUAAACAUCUAAAUUCUCUACCCUGUAUUUUAAGUAUAAUGAACACCUUUGCCGUGUUUUUGGCCUUUGCAUUGGCUGCGGUUGCCGUGGCAGAACCACCAUCCGGUUAUAACUACAACCGACCUUCUUCGGGAGGCUACUCGCAAGGAGGUGGCGGCGGUGGCUACUCGAGUGGCGGUGGCUACUCAAGUGGCGGCGGUGGCUACUCAAGCGGCGGUGGCUACGCUAGCGGUGGAUCUUCUGGCUACGUGAGCAGCUUCAGCAGUGCCGGAAGCUUCUCCAGCGGUGGCGGUAGCCUCCAAAAUGUUCCAGUCGGUGGCCAAACCUCGGAGGGUCUGAACGUUGACCAACAACUGCUCAACGAAAUUCGUCAGAUCCUGCUCCGUGAGGAAAGCCAGAGCUCGUCCUCGGGUGGAUUUGGAGGAAGUGCUCCAAGCGGAUCUUAUGGUCCUCCAAGCGGGUCGUAUGGCCCACCAAGUGGAUCCUACGGAGCCCCACACGGUGGAUCUUCUCGUGUCGUUGGAAUUGAUCUAGAAGGAGUGAGGCAAGCCAUCCAGGUUGCCCAAUACCUGCAAACUGCUUCCUCCUCUGUGCCUUCCGGUUCAUAUGGAGCUCCAUCUGGCUCGUAUGGCGCCCCAUCACGGCCAUCCAGCACCUACGGUGCUCCAUUCUAAGGACUGCAACCAAAAAUUCAGAAAAGUCUUCAAGCCCCUAACAGAGCUACUGAAGAACCAAACCUUCAGACCGUCUGCAAAGAGCCCAUAAUUGGAUAACAGAACCGGCCAACGUACCAAGGAUCAUGCGAAUAAAUCCAACGAACGUAGCGAACAAAAUUGUCAGAAACAAGACUUAGAACAUGCCACCACCAUUACAAAGAACAAAAACACGCACAUUCAACAUACUAUCAUCUAUACUUUCAAACGGGUCUGAGCGAGCGGAGUAUUCCGAUGAGUGCCCUUCCCCCUGGAAACUGUCUCUCUGUUUGGGACCAACCCAUCCAAUCAACAUCAACGGUUGGGAGUCGGGCAAUCGUUGGAUAACUCCGGCAAAAAGCAACAGCCGAUGUUGUAGCCGAUGUCAAAGUGGAGUGAGGAAAGAACAUCCAUUCAGUAACAGUAACGAACCCCGGAACAACAUCUUACCGGUUCUCAGCAACACGUAACGCACUGGCUAUAGCACCGUUUGUUACACGACGAGAGAGACAUCACGAGAACAACUUUUGUUAUUCAUUUGUUUUUGUACAUACUUGAAAAAAAUGUUUUUAUCUCUCUUUUAUCUAGUUACUUGUUAUAGUUGUUUUUGUACCGAGAAAGUGAAAACGUAACCGAGAAAACAAAAAAAUCAAAAAAAUAAUAAAAAAAAUCGAAAAAUUUGUCACCGUUAAAAA